CUUCAUUGUUCUAAUCGGAGUGUAAGUGUAACUCAACCCGCUCACCUCUCUCUCUCAAUAACAUCUGGAUGUCUGCUAACCCUCUGUUGUCAAUCGUCGACUCUCUCUCCGACUUCCGUUGACGACUCUCCGGCGAGAUCUCUGAUCAGGUUAGGUUAACUCAGUGAAGUAAAACCAUUGGAAGGAGAUCGAGCGUGAGAUAUGAGAGCCAUGGGGACUGAAAAUCCUCAACGUCCCAAUUUUUCUCCACGAUCUGCUGCUUCCCCCUUUGCUCCUCCUCCUCCUCCACCUCAGAGUGCGACGCCGUUUUUGUCAUCUGGCCCUGUGGCUGGCUCAGAGGCCUCUGUUUUUAGACCUACUCCACCAAAUGCUCCACGGACUGCUGUACCUUUCUCUUCAUCUGGGCCUGUGGUUGGAUCAGAUGCCUCUGGUUUCCGACCUGCACCACCGGGAAGGUCUAAUGAUCCAUCUAUGCCGCCUCCACCGUCAUCGUAUGCCCCACCUUCAGGAGGACCUUACCAGCGUUUCCCAACACCACAGUUUCCGUCAACGGGCCAAGUACCCCCUCCACGCAGUUCACCCAUGGGGCAAGCAUUUUCAUCGACAAUUAGACCUCCGGGGGGUUAUGUUUCUUCCCCACAAGUUAAUUUUAAUCAACAGCCUCAGAUGCCACUGGUGCCAAUGGGAUCUCCACCUCAAAGCAUGAGCUCCAUGCCGUCAACCAUGAAUGCUCCUCGCCAGUCGUUAGGGCCACCCUCGCAGCCAUCUUCACCCCCAACAGGGUCGGCUUAUCCUGCUGCCAAUGCCAAAUUUCAGCCAGCUUUUCCUGGGUAUCCCAGUAAGCAGUCUAAUGCAGUUACACAAGCUCCACCUAUACAGUCUGCUGCCUUUCCUGCUCAUCAAGGAGGUUAUGUUCCACCCUCACUGGCACCACCUGGUCCUUUUCUUGCCAAUCAAGGUGGUUAUGCUCCCCCAGCUCCGUUAGGCAUGUAUUCAAGGGAACAUAUGCAGCAUCCAGGCUCUGGACCUCCUAUGGGAUCUAUGCAGGGAUUGAUAGAAGACUUCAGCUCUCUCUCUGUUGGCUCUAUUCCAGGAUCAAUUGAUCCUGGACUUGAUUCUAAAUCUCUGCCGAGGCCAUUGGAUGGUGAUGCAGUGCCAAAGUCCUUUGCUGAAAUGUACCCCAUGAAUUGCAGUUCUAGAUUUCUAAGGCUUACUACUAGUGCCAUACCAAAUGCUCAGUCAUUGGUUUCAAGGUGGCAUUUACCACUUGGAGCAGUUGUUUGCCCUCUCGCAGAAGCUCCUGAAGGGGAGGAAGUUCCAAUAGUAAAUUUUGCCACAACUGGCAUUAUUCGUUGUAGAAGAUGUCGCACAUAUGUGAAUCCCUAUGUGACCUUCACAGAUGGUGGAAGAAAGUGGCGUUGCAACAUCUGUGCUUUGCUUAAUGACGUUCCGGGUGAUUAUUUUGCCCAUUUGGAUGCCACUGGCCGAAGAAUUGAUUUGGAUCAACGGCCAGAGCUUACCAAGGGCAGUGUUGAGUUUAUUGCUCCAGCUGAAUACAUGGUGCGGCCUCCAAUGCCACCUCUAUAUUUUUUCCUCAUUGACGUUUCAGUAUCUGCUGCUAGAAGUGGAAUGCUUGAGGUUGUUGCUCAAACAAUUAAGUCUUGUUUGGAUAGAUUGCCUGGCUUCCCCAGAACACAGAUUGGUUUCAUAACUUUUGACAGCACAAUACAUUUUUAUAAUAUGAAGUCAACUUUGACGCAGCCCCAAAUGAUGGUGGUGGCGGAUCUGGAUGAUACAUUUAUUCCGUUGCCAGAUGAUCUGCUUGUCAACUUGUCAGAAUCAAGAAAUGUGGUGGAUGCAUUCCUAGAUAGCUUGCCAUCCAUGUUUCAGGACAAUUUGAAUGUGGAAUCCGCUUUUGGUCCAGCUCUUAGAGCUGCAUUCAUGGUUAUGAACCAACUUGGCGGUAAAUUGUUGAUUUUCCAGAAUACACUGCCAUCGCUUGGUGUUGGGCGCCUAAGGCUGCGUGGAGAUGACCAUCGUGCUUAUGGAACAGAUAAAGAGCAGGCAUUAAGAAUACCAGAAGAUCCAUUUUAUAAACAGAUGGCUGCUGAUUUUACCAAGUAUCAGAUAACGGUGAAUGCAUAUGCAUUCAGUGACAAGUACACUGAUAUAGCCUCCCUAGGAACUUUGGUAAAAUAUACUGGUGGUCAGGCAUAUUACUAUCCAAGUUUCCAAUCAACCAUUCACAAAGAGAGGUUGAGUCAUGAAUUAGCCAGAGAUCUUACAAGAGAAACUGCUUGGGAAGCUGUCAUGCGCAUAAGAUGUGGAAAAGGUGUUCGCUUCACAACUUAUCAUGGGCACUUUAUGCUAAGAUCCACAGAUUUAUUGGCACUUCCAGCUGUAGAUUGUGACAAAGCUUACGCGAUGCAGUUAUGUCUUGAAGAAACAUUACUGACAACUCAGACUGUAUAUUUCCAAGUUGCAUUAUUAUAUACUUCAUCUUCUGGAGAAAGGCGUAUUAGAGUACAUACAGCAGCAGCACCGGUAGUUACAGAUCUGGGAGAGAUGUACCGCCAGGCUGAUGCUGGUGCCAUUGUUUCUUUGUUAUCCAGGCUAGCAAUCGAGAAAUCUCUGUCCUACAAACUGGAAGAUGCUCGAAAUUCUGUUCUUCAAAGGAUCGUCAAAGCCUUAAGAGAAUAUCGAAAUCUCUAUGCUGUGCAACAUCGUUUGGGAGGCCGGAUGAUCUACCCUGAAUCAUUGAAGUUUUUGCCUUUGUAUGGUUUAGCUCUCUGUAAAUCAACACCCCUUCGCGGUGGAUAUGCUGAUGUUCAGCUUGAUGAACGAUGUGCAUCAGGAUACACCAUGAUGACUCUACCUGUUAAAAAAUUGUUGAAGCUUCUAUAUCCUAAUUUGAUUAGGGUUGAUGAGUAUCUAUUAAAGGCAUCUCCUCAAGCUGAUGAAUUUGUCAACACUUGGAAAAGGCUACCACUUACUGCAGAAAGCUUAGACUCCAGAGGACUUUAUAUUUACGAUGAUGGUUUUCGGUUUGUUAUAUGGUUUGGCAGAAUGCUUUCACCCGAUGUAUCCAUGAAUCUACUUGGGGAAGACUUUGCAACAGACUAUUCAAGGGUUAGCCUUUCUGAGCGUGAUAAUGAAAUGUCAAGAAAGCUAAUGGGGUUACUCAAGAAAUUUAGGGAGAAUGACCCUUCGUAUUAUCAGCUGUGUCAUCUUGUAAGACAAGGUGAACAACCUAGAGAAGGUUUCUUUUUACUUGGAAAUCUAUUAGAGGACCAGGUUGGCGGUACAAAUGGCUAUGUUGAUUGGGUUCUGCAAAUACACCGACAAGUGCAGCAAAAUGCAUAAUAUACAGGGGGUUUAUUAUUGGCAUGUUCCUGUUUUCUCCAUCCAGGCGAUCAAAUGUUCCUACCGGAGUCGGAAAUAAUCGUGAAUUCAGCUGCUGGUUCCCUUCAAAUUAUUUAUGGCUGAGCUGAUGAGACUGAUCACCGGAAUCAGAUUCAUGAAUAGCAUUUGUUGUUUCAUUACCCGAUUUAAUAAUUAGGGGUGGUGUACUUUUUUUUUUUUACUGAUAUAUCUUGUGCCGCUAUCAUUAUAUUGGAAGAACAUUUUUUUUUUUUUUUUUCUUUUUUUUUCUCACUUGUCCUCCACCAUUUUAUUAGUUGUGUUUCUUCCUGUUUUUCGAGUUUUCAUCUUUAUAGACGGUGCACCCAAUUGCCAACUGUGUGGCUACUACACACGGUUUGGGUAUUUAAAUGCAAUUUUGUUUCUCUUUUUGGGUAGUCUUGACUCGCAUGAAUUUUGAAUAUAUGGUUUUAUCUUUUUUAAACA